UUUCCGGGCAGCUCUGCCCAUCUAUAAAACUCGGUUAUAGCCUCAUUCAGCCAUUGUCAGUAACAGUAACAAAUUUCCUCUUCUCUUUCUUUCUCCAUAUUCUUAGAACGAGGAUUAAUAUCAAGAAAAGCCCUUUUGGCUUAUUCUUCUCUUCAUUCCCCCUUUUAUAUUCCCUUUUUUGACAUGGGUGUUACGAAGAAACAAGGAGGCAAAGAAUCAGAAGGCAAUACAUGGUUGGUUUCUGGAAUCUCAGUACGGGUACCUUUGAAAUCGACAUCUGCAAAGCCUAAAGAAGGAUAUGAAGAUUAUGAGUGUUGUGCGACUCCGUCGGCGAGAGAAUUCAAGAUGCCGGAGAUGUUUACUUGCCCGGCGGCCCCAAGGAAGCGCCGGCCGAGUUUGAACUGUGAAGACUAUGACAAGUGUGUUAUGACUCCGCCGGCGAGAGAAUUCAAGAUACCAGAGACGUUUACUUGUCCGGCGGCCCCAAGGAAGCGCCGGCCGAGUUUGAACUGUCAUUUUUAUGGCGUUGGGUUCUCUAAUUCACCGGAUUUGGAGUCCGUCUGUCUUUAUUCUCCAUGCUGAGAGAACCCAAUGAAUAUUAGAGCAAGGGAUUUUCUUUUCUUUUUAGAAAUUUGGAGAGUUUUGUUAGUUCCAAAUGAUUUGUGAAAUUUGCAAAUACUUUGUAUUACCGAAUAUACUAGUGCAGUAAAUUUCAUCUUUUAAUUGUGUUUGUUUUCUGAAUCAUGUUCAAGUUUGCAA